GGAGGAGGAGAAGACUAUAGUUCUGGCUGCCACUCCCCAACCAGCUCUGCAGGCAUUGUGUGUCCCUCUCUCAUUCAGGGGACACUGCCUACUAGCCUAUCUCCCCGUUCCUCCUCCUCUGCGUGGCUUGUGGAUUAUUGAUUACUCAGGAAUUGCCCCCUCUUCCCAUUAAGUGGAUUCCGAGUUGCUCAGGAAGAGAGACGCCACAGGGAGUGUCUUGGGAAGGCUCCCCUGCUUGAGGAGUGAGCUCUACUCUGUCUGCGUCCUCGCUCACACACCCCUUGGAACCUUUCUCGUUCUGCCUCCCUCCCGCGCCUCCUUUUGUCUCCAGCCCGAAGCUCGGGCUCUGUUCGACAUGGUGGGGACAGGACGGAGGAGGAGGACAGCAUGAAGCCGCCAGGAUGGGCGCCAACAAUGGCAAGCGGUAUGGCAGCGAAGGUAAAGGGAGCUCAAGCAUCUCAUCCGACGUGAGUUCAAGUACAGAUCACACACCUACCAAAACUCAAAGAAAUGCCGCUACCAGUGAAGAUUCCGACCUGAGCAUGCGUACCCUCAGCACACCCAGCCCAGCAUUAAUAUGUCCCCCAAAUUCACACAGCUUGCAGAAUGGAAAGGCAUCUUCCACCUCUUCCUCCUCAGUCACUGGGGAAACCAUUGCGAUGGUUCACUCACCUCCUCCAACUCGACUCACCCAUCCGCUCAUCCGCUCUGCCUCCCAGCUUCGGAAGGAACAGGCCAACAUCGAUCGGCUCCCAGACCAGUCAGUGAUCCACAUCUUCUCCUUCUUACCUACUAAUCAGCUGUGCCGCUGUGCCCGAGUUUGCCGCCGUUGGUAUAACCUCGCUUGGGACCCUCGCCUUUGGAGGACUAUUCGCCUGAUGGGCGAGACAAUCAAUGUGGACAGAGCGCUGAAGGUACUGACCCGGCGGCUUUGCCAGGACACACCAAACGUCUGUCUCAUGUUGGAGACAGUAAUUGUUAGUGGCUGCAGGCGGCUCACGGACAGAGGUCUCUACACCAUUGCUCAGUGCUGUCCAGAACUGAGGCAGCUGGAAGUGUCGGGUUGCUACAACAUUUCCAACGAGGCAGUCUUUGAUGUGGUCUCACUGUGUCCAAACCUGGAGCACUUAGAUGUAUCAGGUUGCUCCAAAGUGACGUGCAUCAGCUUAACUCGUGAAGCCUCCAUCAAAUUGUCCCCGCUGCAUGGAAAACAGAUUUCUAUCCGCUACUUGGACAUGAGUGACUGCUUUGUCCUUGAGGAUGAAGGACUGCACACCAUUGCUGCCCACUGCACGCAACUGACGCACCUCUACCUACGCCGCUGCAUCCGCAUCACUGAUGAAGGCCUCCGUUACCUGAUGAUUUACUGCACUGCCAUCAGGGAGCUGAGUGUGAGCGACUGCCGCUUUGUCAGUGAUUUUGGCAUGCGUGAGGUUGCAAAGCUGGAGUCCCGCCUCCGGUACCUCAGCAUCGCCCACUGUGCCCGCAUCACUGACGUCGGCAUCCGAUACAUCACCAAGUACUGCAGCAAGUUGCGCUACCUCAAUGCGCGGGGCUGUGAGGGCAUCACAGACCACGGAGUGGAGUACCUUGCCAAAAAUUGCACAAAACUCAAGUCCCUUGACAUUGGGAAAUGCCCCCUGGUCUCCAACAUUGGCUUGGAGUUUCUGGCUCUGAACUGCUUCAACCUGAAACGACUGAGCCUGAAGUCCUGCGAAAGCGUCACUGGACAAGGCCUGCAGAUUGUGGCCGCCAACUGCUUUGACCUACAGAUGCUCAAUGUACAGGAUUGUGAGAUCUCAGUGGAAGCUUUGCGGUUUGUUAAACGCCAUUGUAAGCGCUGCAUUAUAGAGCACACCAACCCUGCCUUUUUCUGAAGUCAACUCCUAACUCUUUGUUGAUGAAAGCAAAGUAUUAGAAAUGUUUGUAUGGGCAUAUGCGCCUUGACUGUUUGUAUACAAUAACUGUACCUUCUUUGUACCAGGGAAGGGAACAUGGAGCUUAGGGUCCUUAAACACUUCCAGAUGGCCUUGUUCAAAUUUUCUGAGUGCCAGUGACUUAUACGUAUGAAAUUGUAACUCUCUAGCCUUAUGGUCCCUGUGAUAUAGUUGAAGGCAAGGCAGUGGUUUGUAUGUAGCAUUCAGAAAAGGGAAGCCAAGUAACAGAAAUCCCCAUUUGUCCUUAUUGUCAAAUGUCAUUUCAUCCCAAUCCAGAGAGUGUGAAUUGUGAUUAUUGAAGGCCAAAGCUUGGAAAAUGUAUCUUUUUAGACUACAACUCCCAGAAUGGAAGCUGCGAAACUGUAGGAGCUGUAAUCCAAAAAAGUAUUUCUUUUCCAAGUACUGUUGGAGGGAACGGGAAAUAUUAGUCAUGUCCAGACUCAAUAUUUUUUUUAAAAAAAAAUCAAGGUUACCUUUAGCUUCAUUAGAACUGUCACGUCUCAAUCCAUUAUCUCAUUUGAGAGCCUGUCCAAGUUUGUUUGUUUUCUGCUUUGCUGUUACAUUUUCGGUGCCAAAAUUGUAGCUCAGAGAACAAUGCCAUCCUAUCAGAGGUACAGUAUAUCAGAGCUGUGCUAAUAUAUUAGCCAUCACAAUGUUACAAGUGUUACGAAAUAGCCUUCGACACAUGUGUGAUUUUGCAUAUGACCCUCAGUGUUCCACAAGUUAUCUUCAGCAUUGUCUUUCAGUGCCCUAUUUCCCAGGAUCUGAUCCCAGGUUUUCUGUUUAUCUCAGAUUAUCUGGCAGUGUGGACUCAUAUAAUCCAGUUUAAAGCAACAACACCUGGAAUAUAGGGCCUGUCUGGAAGGGCCCUCAGAUGUCCUAUCAAGAACUUAUUGGUAAAAGAGGAGUUGUUUGAAGCCACCAGAGGCGGCCCUAGGUAAUUUUCAACAGUAAGCAAACAGUAUUUUGGCA